UAUCUCUUUCUGCUAUUGUGAUUUUUGAUAUCUGAUCUUAACCGUUGAUGGCCUUUGUUGGUGUUUUGCGCUUUGUGAUCAACUUUUAAUUGUUUAAUUUACUUUUAAAGGCACUUUACUCUAAACGGCCGAUAUACAUUUAACGCUGAAAGAAGAUAUCCGAUAUAAACAAACAGUCAAUACACGAACAACGUACCCGCAACAAUGUCCAGUGCAAAUUACUCCCCCUCUGACGAAAGUAAACCGUUGACCCGAUCACACCUAGAUGCACGGCUAGCCGGUCUGGGAGAGUUUCUGCCCCGCUUUAACGGCACCCCGGAAGACUGGCCCCUGUUCUACCGGCAGUUCCGCAGCACGACGGCAACCUGCGGCUAUACGAACGCGGAGAAUGUGUUGCGUUUGCGUAAACAUCUGCAGGGAAAAGCUUACGACGCGGUUCGCUACUUGCUAAUCUAUCCGUCAACCUUGGAGCUGGCGAUCGAACGGCUCGAAAUGCGUUUCGGUACGCCAAAGCUGAUUUGCUUUUCGCUGCUGGACAAGCUGGAUAAACUGUCGGCUCCGAAUGGUGACGAUUGGUCGACGGUAAAGGUGUUUGGCUUUGCGGUGGAAGGCAUAUGCCGUACCAUCGUCGAAAUGGGACACGCGGAGUAUUUGAAUGAUUUCAUCACGCUGCAGGGUCUGGAGAAGAAGCUGCCGGUCCAUUUUCAGCAAGAGUGGUUUCAACAUAAACAAACGUUGCGACACGCAACGUUGGCCGAGUUUGGUGAGUGGGUAGGCAAGACGGCAAGAGUUCUUACGAUGGUUUAGUGUGGAGGUUUCGGGUGAUCCAGACAGCGGUAAGGAAACGGGGACAGGAAUAAGACAGGGUAAAACAUUUUUAAACGUUUUAUAUAAAGCAAGUAUGAUAAUAAAAAUUAUCGUAUCGAUUGUAUAGCUUUAGCCCUACUUGAA